AUGGUUUGUUGUAAAAAACAAAAUAAACUAAAUGAUAAUUAUCUUAAUCAAAUUCAUUCACAUAUUGAUUUAAAACAAUUAGAAUUAUUAGAACGUCAAUUUAUAUUAGAUUGUAUUGCUGUUAGAAAAAUUUGUGAUGAUUAUUGUAAAGCAAAUCCAAAACAUGGAUCUAUUAUACCACCAUAUAAUGGACAAUUAGAUCCAUAUGCUAAAUCAUAUUUUGAAUCAUUAAAUAUACAAAAAUUAUUAGAAAAAACUGGUCAGACACCACCUGGAACAUCAAUUGAAGGUGAAAUAGCUGAUAGAUUUAUUAUAAACGGUGCACCAACGGAUUAUAUUCGACGACGUAAUAAAAAUGGUUGUGGACAUUCAAAAGAAAUAUGGGGUGGACAUUGAAAUGAAGUAGUAACCUAACCAUGAAUAGAAAAUGAAGUGAACCAAAACUUCAUAUUUCAUUCCUAUUACAACUAAUAGUAUUAUUACUCAAUUUUAUGUGGCAUAUGACUUUAUACUAUAGCAUUGUAAUGAUGAAUAUAUUAGCUAAUUAAUAGUAAACACAUUUAUUUCUAUGAGAAUAGAUAUCUAUGGAUGAAUAAAAUGUAUGCA